AUGUCUGCACCUGAACUCACCGAAAUCAGAUCACCUUUAGAUCAAGAGAAGUUGAAGAAGUUCCUUGAAACUGUAUCCCCAUCGUCUAAGAUUCAUAUUGGACACAAUGCUUGUAUCCCACAAAAUUUCAAGCAAAUUCAACAGUUUACUUUUGGUCAAUCAAACCCUACGUAUCUAAUCACCGACACCAAUGGAAAACGAUUUGUUUUGAGAAGAAAGCCUUCCCCAAAUUCAAAGUUGAUUUCCAAACUGGCUCAUGCAGUGGAAAGAGAAUUUUUCAUCUUAAAUGCAAUCAAUAUCUUGAAUUCUGGUUCAGAACAUAUUGUUCCAGUUCCAAAAGUUCAUGUUUUAUGUGAAGAUGAAUCUGCCAUUGGAUAUGUCUUCUAUAUAAUGGACUACGUGAAUGGUAUUCAAAUUAAGAACCCAAGUAUGCCAGAAAUUCCAGCGAAAGACCAGAAAUAUUACUGGGACUCUAUUAUCAAGACAAUUGCCGCUAUCCAUUUAUUGGAUGCAGAGAAAUUAAUAUCGUUGUUGCCUCCAUUGCAUUUCCCCCAAUUCCAAGAUGUUGCCAAAUUAAAGACUACAUCGUAUUUUGCUCGUCAAGUCAAGACCUUAAAUAACAUUCACAAAUUGCAGAGUCAACAUGUUCCACCAAUUCCCAACUUUGACACCAUCACUUCAUGGUUGUUGAAAAACGCACCACAAGAUCCAGAUAAAUUGACCUUGAUUCAUGGAGAUUUGAAAAUUGACAAUAUUUUGUUUGACCCAGCCACAAAAACUGUAUGUGGGGUUUUAGAUUGGGAAUUGACUACAAUUGGGAACCCGCUUUUUGAUUUGGCAAACUUUUUACAAGCAUUUGAGUUUCCAAACAAGUUGAACCUCAUGUUGUAUUAUCCACAGAAAACACAAAUGGGUCGUGAAAACGAGGGUUCUGUCAAGUUUUUACAUGAAAAGUUACAACAAUACCAGACUUUAGUCACUUGGUCCAAGAAGAACCCAAGAAAUAAUCCAACUGAUUUAUGGGAAAUCGGUCACACUUUUGGUUUGAUCCGUCUCUGUGUUAUUAGUCAAGGUAUUGCUAUGAGAGUCAAACAAGGUAACUCUUCCAAUGCCUCCAGUGCUAAAGGAUAUGCCGCGAUGUACCCAUAUUUGAGCGAGCUUGCCAUGGGAUACGUCACUAAAACGAAAAAGUCUUCUUCUUUGUAG